AAAAAUUGAUUAAAAAUGCUUACCAGGCUCUACGUGACUCCUUUCGUAUUCGGCUUCCUGUACUACGACUUAAAGUACCUGCAUCCUUCUCUUCCAAAGAUGAAAUAUCCAGACCAGAAGGGAACAAAGGAGGAUCUUGAUAUGCUCAAAGACAUCCUAAAGCUAAUGGAACUUAAUAAUACAAUGGUGAGCAAUGACCAAUUACUAUCCAGUGCACAUCCGAACGGGUACUUGUACAGGAAAGUGCAGUAAAAUAUGUGGAGCACAAAUUCUAU